AUGGAUUCUGGACUGGACCUACGGACGCCGACUCCAAACUCGCAGAAGGGAGGAAGAAGACACACAUGCAGCGAUAAAUUCAACGAUCUCAUGCUCAACAUAAGAUGCACAUUCGAACGGUUGAACGAGCUGUGGGACGAGGUGGAUAUGCCCGACGACAUGCGCAUGACGCGCUCGUCCACGGCUUUCAAGCACACCAACGAACUCUUCGAGGAUAUUAUCGAAUCAGAGCGAGCAAUGGUUGCCGGCGUGAGACAAGGGAUCGACGACGGGCAGGUCGAGAUCGAAAAACUGCGCGCAAAACUGGAAAUGGACGACUGGACGCCGCCCUCACAAACAGCUCGUCAUGGCAUACGAAUGCUAAAAGCCGUCCGGGCGGAAGUGCAAACGCUCAAAGAAGCUGUCGAGGAGCGCGUUCGAGAGCAAGAAGCCACAGUUGAGCGUGUCAAGCUCCUCUGCAGUCGGCUGGGUGAGGAGUCGGAGAUUCUCGAUUCCGGCGAGGAAGUGCUGUCGAAGGCCGGAUUUGCCUCUUUGAAGGAAAAAUGUGCGGAAAUGGAAAACCUCGUCGAAGAGCGGCUGUCUCGUCUCCGCCAAGCACAACGUGAGGCCCGGGAUGCCGUCAAGAAAAUGGGCCGGAAGAAAUGCGACUGCCCGGAGCCCAUCCAAAAUCUACUCGGACUCGACCUCGACGACGAGGAUCUCGAACUGGGCAGAAAUCUGGUGGCUCGGACGACGGAGGCCGCGGAGCAGUUGCUGGCGGAGUUGAAGGAGCACCUCGAGAACAUGGAAUUCCUCUACACCGAAAAGCGAAUCGCGCUACGUGAUCUCUGGGAGAAGUGCCAUGUGCCGAUCUCGGACUGGACUAUGGGCGAAGAAUUCUCAGCUGAUCUGCACGACACCGCCACGCUCGCAAUAAUGGAUGAAAGAAUUGCGCAUCUCACAGAACUCUACGAACGCCGAAAAACGGUGCUCGAUAAACUGACAGCCUGGUCAGAGCUUUGGGAAGAGAAGUUAUCGCACGAGGAAUGGGAAAAAGACCCGGCCCGGUUCAAUAACCGAGGAGGUCAACUCGAGAAGCGCCUAAAACGUGCAAAAACCGUUGAGAAGCAAUUGUUGCCCCAUGCACAGCGGGAAGUCGCCAACGCUUUCGCCAUCUACCAGGAAGAGAACCCGGAGGAUGACUUGAAGGUCGACGACCUCGAGCCGGUGGAAUGGCUGAAGCGCAAAGUCCGAAUUCACACUGAAAACAAGGAAUUCGAGGCGCAGAUGAAGAGAACACCUUCGAGGGCCGGAAUGACGCCUGCUAUGUCCCUCCGCAAUUUGCACAUGCCCGACAUCAGCGUCAUCGGACCUUGCAGGACUGCCUCGCCAGGCCCGAAGACUUCAUCACCAAAAAGCGCGUACAAACGGCCAGUUCCAUCCUACUGUUCAUCUCCCUGCCCAUCCCCUGCGAAACGUGCCACCCCGCUCCGCCAGCGGAAUUGGAAGCCA